GUUUUAUCUCUAUGUCCUGUGAUAAUGUAAUAUUUGUAUUUACAUUUUACAUACAAAUUAAAAUGUCAGUUUAUAUUAGUUAGACAUUAAUUUACCAGUAAAAUAAUUAGUAUAGUUUAACUUAGAUUAUAAAAACAUGGCUGAGUUAGUAUUAGACAUCAAUAUUCGAGGUUGGGUGUUUUUACCAAUUGUACUCAUCACGUUCCUAGUUGGUGUUAUUCGACAUUAUGUAUCAUUAUUGAUUACUUCUCAAAAGAAAGUGGAGCUUACACAGGUACAGGAUAGUCAAGUGUUAAUCCGUUCUCGCAUGUUACGUGAAAAUGGACGGUAUAUAUCAAAACAAGGGUUCUAUAUGCGCCGUCAUUUCUUUAAUAAUGAAGAAAAUGGAUAUUUCAAGACCCAAAAACGUACAGUUCCCGCUCAAACUGCUAUGCCUGAUCCAAGUAUGAUGACCGAAAUGUUAAAAGGCAAUAUCACCAAUGUGUUGCCUAUGGUGGUCAUUGGUGGAUGGAUCAAUUGGAUGUUCUCAGGAUUCGUCACAACCAAAGUUCCAUUUCCUUUAACUUUGCGUUUUAAACCAAUGUUGCAAAGAGGUAUUUGUUUAAUUUGACAAAUUAUUUUUUAUUAAGUUUAAUAACUAUUUUUAAUUUUUGUUUUUGGUUCUUAGGUAUAGAAUUGGUUUCAUUAGAUGCAGCGUGGGUAUCAUCUGCUUCAUGGUACUUUUUGAAUGUAUUUGGACUUCGAAGUAUUUAUGCUUUAGUUUUGGGGGAAAAUAAUGCGGCAGAUCAAUCCCGUUUGAUGCAAGAUCAAAUGUCUGGCGCUGCAAUGUCCAUGCCUAUUGAUCCAAAAGUAGCUUUUAAAGCAGAAUGGGAAGCAUUGGAAAUUAGCUCUCAUAAAUGGGCUCUGGCCGAUCUUGACAAUGAAGUACUUAGUGUUUUAAUGAAUAAAAGUAAUAAGUAAAAACCUGAUAUAAGUAAACAUGGGCAAACCAUUGAAAGUAAUUUAUUAAGAGCUACAAUUAAAAUUGUUUUCAUUUUCAAUAAUUUAAAUAUGCUACACAUUUUUCAAUGUUCUGUGAAAUGGUAAAUAAUU